GCCAUUCAUCCCAUCUGGUGUCAGGGAAGGGGCUCGUCUUGUGCUGGGCAGAACGCCAUUGAAAAGCCCGGGGACUUCUUUAUACUUCCGAUAAUCUUUGCUUGCCGAUGUUACCGAUAAUAUGAUCAUCUCCCACGAGCAAACCUUCGGUCCUGUGGUUAUUAUCACAGCGUUCCAGACAAUAGAGCAGGCCAUUGAAAAAGCUAGUAACUCAAUUCAUGGUCUACGGUGCUCGAUAUUUUUGCAGAAUACCGAAGGAGCCCAUGGACUGGCCCGGAAAUUGAGAAGCGAGACGGUAUAGAUCAAUAGCAACCACGACAGUGACUUGCGCACUCCUUUCGAGGGGAUUAAGCAGGGUGAAAUUGGGCGCGAAACUGUAGGGAGGCUCUCAAUGUGGGCAAAA